UACGCAUUGCGCGUUAUUGUUUCGGUCGUUUAAGGUUAACAUUAAAUGUGACGGUAUCAUUAAUUUCGGUUAAUUUAAUGACUGAAUAGCAAAUAAAAUUGGCUCGUGUCCAAUUAGGAAGUAUAGUACCAACAUAUAGUUUAAUCCAUGGCGUUAUUGUAGUAAUUUGAUAUUCUUUCGACUGCAGAACAUGUUGCGAUUUCGUAUGUUAACCUAUAAACCCAUUGUGAAUAUUGUAAGGAAGCGUGGAACGGUAUCAAAAACUAAAGUAAAGGAAUGGAGGAAAGUCAAUUAUUCGCGUUUCCCAAAUCCGGGUAUUCAGCGACGCAUGGGUAUUUUGGAACCUGAAGACAGACAUGUAGAAGAACUGAGUGAUGUGGACGAUGCCGAUGCAGAUUUUACAGGAUUAAAUGAGAUGCACGAUUUACACGAAAGUGAAGAAGAAAAAAUGAAGCAGAUGAAACAACUGAAAAUUGUAGGCAAUAAGUACUUCAGACAAGAAAAAGGGCCGAACUUGUUGACAUGGGCAGAGAAGGAGCAAAUCCAUUAUCUGCACAGCAGCAAUGCAGAUACUUGGACUGUAGAGAAAUUGGCCCAAAGUUUUCCAGCAUCUGAGGCAACAAUAAGGAAAAUCCUGAAAUCCAAGUGGCGUCCACAGGAUGCUGAUCGAGUUCUGAAACAUGACCUUGCUGUACAGAAAAACUGGGACUUGCUACAGAAAGGGAAGUUGGAGGUAGACCCUGAACUGAGACUGCAUUUAUCAAAGUUCACACAGAGACAAGCACCAGUCUCCCAGAGGCCUGCCAUCGCUGGAAUCUUCAGAGAUGAAAACAGCAUACCAAAGCCAAAGCAGUCAGAGUUUAGAAGUAUAAUAGAAAGCUACAAAUUGCUGAAAUGUAAAGACAUGCCAGAGGAUGAUGUGAGAGACCCAGAUGUGUUGCAGAGAGCACGUGAUACGUCAACAGUUCCAAAGGGUGAUUCAUUCCUCCUACGUGGACAGAAAUCAUACUCACGACAGAAUUGUGUCACGCUUGAGAAAUACAGGGAGAGGGUUUUGAAGGAAAUUAAGAAGGGUCAUGAGAAAAGUGCAGAUGCCAAGUUGAUGGUAUCUAAUCACAGUAAGUGCGAACAUGUGUCAGAGGCAAUUCAGGACGCUAACUCAGACAUCGCCAAUGAAAUGGUAAACAGUCAUUCUGCUGGACUGAAUCCCACAGUGACUGAGAUGAGUUCUGAUAUUGGUAAGGAUCCGCCAUGGAGAAUCCGAGUGCCAGCCAAAAAGUGGAAGAAAGGUUGCACCUUCAAGAUCGAAGACUGCUACUAUGAUGAUGAUGGUACAUUUUUGUACAGGGUGCCUGGCAUGAAAUGAAACAUGGAAGUACUUUUCUGUGAAGAAUACUAUGGUACCACAUAGUUAGGUAGAUCACUGAUGGUGAAGAUGAAUGCACCAUGUUCCUCUGAAACAUUGGUGGUGAUCUACCAGGCUAUAUGGUGUCACAUCCCAGAAGACAGCAGUCUUUAUAGGCACCAUUGCAAGAACCUCAAAUCUCACAUAGUCCUCAUCUGGUUUAGAGUUAUGCAAAAGUGUAGUUGGUAUAUAUGAGGCAAUGAAGAGUAUUAGUAAAGUAAAGUAAAGGUAUCCUUGUAACAGGCCAUGGAGGCCCAUAGGGUUUUGAGAUGUUGAAGCACCCAC